UGUCUAGCCCAGUGAAGAACAGUACUACAAAUUGUAUAAUUUCAAACAUGGGCAUCAUAAGUGCAAAGGAUACCAGUAAUUCAAAUGAUUCUCAGACUGACUACAUUAGUCAAAACGGAAAUCUUGAUAGAGCACAAUCUAUGAGUGCCAUUCACGUUCCUCGGGAAAAGAGAAAUUCAAAAACAUCAUUGACUACUAUCGGAAUGGCUAAUACAAGGACUGUCAGAAAUGACGCAACAGAACUAACAGCAGAACUUGCCUCUAACAAAAAGACAAAUCCAAAUAAAAACCAAGAAAAAAAAGAAAAGAAAAUGUGUCAGAAACAAGAAGAGCAGUCAAAACAGAUGAUAGAAUUAUCUGCAAAGUUAGACUCGCAGCGAAAACUAAUCAACGAGUUACUUAAAAAUGGUAUUGAGAUAGCGGCAAAGGGGAAGUGGGAAAAUUCGGCUGAUUUAACAGAACCGAAUCAUCUAGCAAACGAACUUCAGAGAAUAUUCAAGAAGGAAUGGAGGGACACUAAAAGGUCAUUGAUCGCUAAUUUGCAUAAUGACACCAAACAUGCAGCUCUGCCUACAUCUUCUUUGAAGGAAGUUGAUAUUAUCAAGUGGUUAAGCUACAUACUGCAGGAAUGUUAUACCUUUUGCAUGACGAAGGCAAACUUACCAAUAUCACAGUUUUUCGCAGCAUUCAGCACAAAUACAAAACUGGAGUUUGAUACGGUAAAGUGUUCUAAUGUUGAAAGAUAUUACUUUUUAAAGAUGCGAAAAACUGUCGGUAUGCGCAGCGACGUAAUGGAAGGCAUUUGCCAGGAAUUUUGGUCAAAGUGCGUAUAUGAAGAAAAGCAAAGAAAUAGUAAUGCUGAUAUCAUAGCCGACAAAAGGGAACAAAAUAAGGUCAAUGUCCCUAGCACACAAGGAGAUAGCGAAAAAGAAGGCAAAAUAUCUUGCACUGCAAAUACUACAAAUAACAUCGCUUCCCUUAGUAAACAAGAAGGGGGUGGCAACAUAUCUGACAAUGACAAUGGCGUUACAAAGCCUAGCUCACAGAAAGAAGAAGGCAAACCAUCUGACAUUGCAAAAAGCAUAACUGAACCUAACAAACAGAAGGGAAGCGACAAAGAAUGCAAAACAUUGUGCACUGUAGUAAGCGAUAGAGAUUGUUGCAAAGAGAUAGGGAUCGGCAAAGACGGCAAAAUAUCUGAAACUGCAUAUUAUGACACUGACCCAGGCAAACAGGAAGGAAGCAGCACAAAAGGCAACAUACCUGGCACUUCCGAAAGUGAUAAUGAUCGUUGCAAAAAAGAAGGGAGUGGCAAAGACGACAAUAUAUCUGGAACUGCAGAUUUCAUAACUGGUCAUUGCAAACAGGAAGAAAGCGACAAAGGAGGCAUAACAUAUGGAACUGCAGAAAGCGAUAAUGAAUCUAGCAAGGGGAAAGGAACCGACAAUAAAGACGAAAUAAAUUACAAUGCAGAUAGCAUUACUGACCGCAGCACACCACAGCGACAUAGUGUCAAAGAAGGCAAAUUAUCUUCAGAUAGCAUUGCCAAACCUAAUAAACAAGAAGGAAGCGGCAAAGAAGGCAGAAUAGCUAACCCUAUUAAUCAGAAAGGGUGCGGCAAAGAAGGCAUAAUAUCUAACACUGCAGAUAUCAUUAGAGGGAACGGCGAAAUAGUUGAGGAAUUAUGUAAAAGUGAUACUGGUACUGAUUAUAAUAAAAUCAUUUGUAGUUACAUAAUGCAUUUAAAAAGUAAUGAUAAAUGUUUGAAACAGUGUCAGAAGUAUGUUACUGUGUGCAUAAACGCUUGCUGGAAGGCAGUAAUAAGUGACCCACCUGUACAUUUGCAGUUCAAUUUAACUGGUAAAAACUUUAAAGAUAUCGAUGAAAAGUAUGGACUUAAAAAAUACACUUUAAAUAUGCCUUAUCGAGACACAAGCAAGAAACAUAAUGAAAUUGUUUUGGUUGUGUGGCCACCUUGUAUAACCUAUGAAUAUGGUGGCCAUGAAGACAAUGUUUUGGCGACCGAAAAUGCUCGUGUCAUCGUCAACAACUUAGAUGAGUGCUAAAAUCAUGUGAACGUAAUAAACUCUAUGCAUUCGAUUGUGUAAUAUUAAGAAUAUUCUUAAGUAAACAUGGAUGACAAUUUAGUUUUUGAGGACAUAACCCGUGCCUUUUUAUCAUCGUGCGUCAAAUGACGUAUCAGUAACGAUAACAGAAAUGUUCAUGCGUUCCUUUGAGAUCGAAUUGUCAUUUUUGUCUUUGCCUAUUGCUUGAAAUUGUUGGAUGCGCCGUAAAUGAGUACUGUAUUUUGUAGCCAAAUCGUACAUUCUUAAAACGAACGAAUGCUUAAAAAGAUACUGUCUGUUUAGUAACACCAGCUCGUCUCAGUAUAAUGUUUGAAAACUGUUAUUUGAAAUUAAAAUGCUGGUUCGGCAAAUUUAAUUGUAGAGAGAUGUGGUUUUCAAGUCGUGUGCGUGUAUGCCUAUAUGUAAAAAUAACUAUAGGCUGCUGUAAAUCUUCUACAAGUUUUCAUAGUUUCGUGCUACACCUAAAUCUGCCGGAGCAACGUAUUAUUUAAAAUUGAUGCUCUUACAACU